AUGCCGAACUUUGCGCCUCUGAGCAAAGAGGAAAAAGAGUUCCUGGAGUCGCGAUUCGACAAAAUGUAUUCAUUCGUCGAGCAAAUUGGUGCUGGCUCGUUUUCGAAUGUAUACAAAGGCUACAUGAAGAAGUCGAAGGGCGAGAAGAAACACGUGAAAAAGAAGGAGAAUCCCACACUGGCGAUUAAAGUGCUGAAGCCUUCCAACCAUCCCAAACGAGUGCAGACGGAGAUUGAAAUUUUGGAGCUCGCGGAUGGUUUGGGCAACAUUUCCGAGCUACUGAUGUAUCACAUGGAGCCAGAUGGUCACUGCGCGAUAGUGAUGGUGUACUUCGAAAACAAGGCAUUCGAAUCAUACUACGACAGACUCAACCUCUGCCAGAUCAAGUGGUACGCCACCAGUCUGCUCCGAGCCCUGGCAUACUUACAGAAGCUCAACGUUAUUCAUCGGGAUGUAAAGCCGGCGAACUUCCUCUUCAAUCCUGUCACUGGAGAAGGCCGACUGAUCGAUUUCGGCCUCUCGGAAUUGAAUCGCGAACAACCAGCAAAGCUGCAGAAAGACGUCCUUGCAAACCAUUGUCGCUGUAUCAACGAACCGACGUACUGCUCAAAGUGCGCGAGGAAGCCAAAGCAGCAAGUUGAUCGAGGAGGAACUGCCGGAUUCCGUGCCCCAGAGAUUUUGAUGAAGUACCCCAAUUACGACGGACAAAUCGAUGUCUACGCCGCCGGUGUGUGCAUGCUGAGCAUCGUCACUCGCAGAUACCCGUUCUUUCCGAAAGCGGAUGAUAUGGACUCGCUCGCGAUGAUGGCGCAAGUUCUCGGCUGGGGCCAAUUGAAGGAGGCGGCUAAAGCGAUGGACAAGACGUUGGACACGAAUAUGAAGCCUGAAGUUGUCGACUUCGAUGAGCUUGUCAAAACACUGAGGAUUAACUCCUACCCGCCCGAAGACGGCUACGAGGAAGCAGAGUCGGGAAUUUACUCUUCCGAAGGGUCAGAAAGUCCAGCUCCAACCGAUGACACCAAUUCCCUCGAAUGGUUCUCCGCAGUGAAUCUGCUCAAGGGACUUCUCAACCCAAAUCCCCACAAGCGACUGCGACCAGCCGAGGCUCUCCAGCACGAUUUUAUUACCGGAAGCUAA